AUGCCAUCUUGUCGGAUAACAAACAACACAGCCCAUCCGCUCAACAUAUGUUUGAAGCAGGUUACAGCUUUACACUUUGAGAACAGUGUUCAGCCAGGACAGGCCAUCAAGCUCAAACCUGGGAAGGUAUGGUUUACCCUCGAGGCAUUAGUAGACGAUGGCACCAAAAAAUCGCGCUACUCGAUACUGAAAUCAGCAGCCACCAUAGCAUUGCUAUCGAUAGCCGUUGGAGCUGUUGCAGCAACGGCUGGUGCAGCUUUGAUACCGGAAGCUAUCGCUUUGGAGGGUAUCGCGGCUGCUUCUGUCGCGAAAGGUGCUUUAGUCACUAACUCGGGCACCAUAGCUAAGAUAUCCUCUAUGGCUUUACCUCGAGCUAUCGAUAAAUUAUCGGCGGAGCUAGGUGGUUUGUCAGCACUACAAAGGGAAGUCGCAUCAAUCAUCGCAUCGCCUACCCUUUCAUCAGAUGUUCGUCAUCGAGCAGCCACUCUUCUUAGAUCGAUACAUCAUGCAUACAAGGAAGACAAAGCGAAGUCAUCUGGGGCAACAGAGGAAACCACUACUGGGCAAAGCUCUCUUCCUGAAAAGUUGCAGAGCCAAAAGGGAAAGAAGAAGUCCAAGGGUGAAACUACCAACGACCCAAUAACACCUCUGAGUCUCGAGGAAGCGAAGAAAUUAGAUGAGCAGAUUGAAAGCGAAGAGAUUGAUCAUCUGGUCGAGAACAGACCUGUAAAUUCUGGAGAGGUGUUGCUUAUACAUGGGAUAUAUAUGAAUAAGAGGCGGGAGUUCGAGAUAAGGACUGGGGACAAUGGGAAAUUGAUAUUGUGGGAUCUGAAAGAGAAAGUCGUCGUCACUUGA